AUGAGAAUAUCCAGCCUUGGUCUACUAGGCCUCGUCGGUCUGGUGUUAGGCUAUCAAGACCAGCCUUAUUACGCAAACUUGACAUGGGAGGCUCCUCGCACACUGUCAAACUGGUCGAAUCUCACCGUGGAAACACAAACAGGGACAUUCAUUGGCAUGUUGAACGAUACCUACCCCAACGUCCGACAAUUUCUCAGAGUCCCCUUCGCCAAGCCUCCAAUUAGUGAUCUUCGCUGGAUGCCCCCAAACAAGCAGGAGAGAUCAUCGAAGAAAAUUGACUCUACAUUCUUUGGUCCUGCUUGUCCACAAUACGUUCCUUCGGCAUGGAGUAUAUGGAAUGCGUAUCAGCCUGCGAACCUGCUGAUCAGUAUUGGCGAAAACUUGAAUCAGAGCUCUACAGCUUGGUCGACCGCCGAAGACUGUCUAUCGCUUGCGGUGUGGACCCCUGCAUAUGCUAAUAAAACAUCCACGUUGCCAGUGUCGCUGUUUAUUACCGGUGGCGGUGGAAUUACAGGUGGAAUAGACAUUGCUUCUCAGAUACCCACACCCUGGGUCUCGCGUACUCAGGAACAUAUCGCAAUCUCUAUAAACUAUCGCGUGAAUAUUUUUGGCAAUCCCAAGUCGAGGGCACUGAAUGAAACUUCGCUUAGUCUUCUUGACGUUAGGGCUGCGGUUGAGUGGGUGUAUGAGAAUAUCGAAGCCUUUGGUGGCGAUAAGAACAAUAUCUUCUUGUGGGGGCAAAGUCAAGGAGCACUUCUCACUCAUCUGUACACUCUUGCCUUUCCGGACGACCCUAUUGCAGUAAAGUUUGGCGUCAUAUCCCAAGGAGCGUCGGAUUCAAUUAAUAUCACCACUGCCGGAGAUGUCUAUCAAGACUUCGAUAUCGUCGCGAAAGGGCUUGGAUGCAACUACGGGGAUGAUGCAGACGCAGAGCUGGAAUGCAUGCGUCAAAUAUCCUGGGUUCAGAUCGAAGAAUAUAUAAAUCGCUACAAUGGUACCCCGUCAAUUUCUUUCGCAGAGUACCUUCCCGACGAGAGAUAUAUUUUCUCCGACCAGGCGAGUCGAUAUGCCGAAGGGAAGGUUGCCCCAGGCCCCUCGAUCAGAUCCGACACAGCUAGGGAAGAUCCGAGCACCAAUGCUACGGACGUGAGCAUGAAUGAGGGAGUAUCGGAUUGCCGUGCUCUGUUAGACUCUGAACGGCGGGAGUCAAUUGGUCUUGACACCUACCGCUAUUACUGGGCCGGAAACUUCACCAACAUCAGUCCAGUCCCUUGGUUGGGAGCCUUCCACUGGACAGAUCUUUUUAUGAUAUUCGGUACCUACCACUUGGAUGUAGGUGAGGUCAGCCAGCUAGAGGUUGAUACCUCUAGGACUAUGCAGGACUUUUUCCUAGCAUAUAUGAAGAAUAGCAGCACGUUUUCCACUCUUGGCUGGCCUGCCUUCAAUGCCAGUGCUUCCGAUGGUGGAAUCGUCCUGGAAUUUGGAAAUGGCACGACAGUGAAGAAUAUCACUGGAGGUUGGUUAGAUGCUGGUUGCCAUAAUUCGUCGAUUCCAUUUCGAAUCGAUGGUUAG